CAAACAUCCAUCACGACUUCUCCAGCCAGUUCCUCCACAAUGUCCAACAUCCAGGUGGUAGUCAGGUGUCGUGGGCGCAACUCACGCGAAGUGGCUGCAAAGUCGCCCAUCGUCAUCGAGUUGCCCAACGACCGCUAUUCGGUGACGGAUCCGUACAUCACCAUCAACACUGCUCAUCAUACAGGCACCAAUCCAGCCAGUGCCAGCCAAUCGGCCAGCUUUUCAGGACAGAGUUCACAUGAGCGUGGCGGUGCCAGCGUUGGAACGGGUUCCAGAAGGUCUUCGGGGCCCAGUCCUGCUCUUCCAUACGCCAACUACAAGACGUACAAAGUGGACCAGAUCUACGGAUCCCAGGCGGACCAGGGGUUGGUGUUCGACCAGGUGGCGCUCCCACUCUUCAACGACUUCAUGGGAGGCUUCAAUGUCACCAUUCUUGCCUAUGGGCAGACAGGCACUGGAAAGACAUACACGAUGUGUGGAGACCAGACGGGAGCGUUGAUGACUCCACGCGUGCACGGCAAGGGCGAGAGUCCCCGCGUGUCGCCUCUUGUGGACUUGCGGCCCUCCAAGGAGGCUGGUAUCAUUCCAAGGGUGUUGAUCGAGUUGUUCCACAGACUCAGACGAGACGACUACGUGGUUAAAUGCUCCUUUUUGGAGUUGUACAACGAGGAGUUGAGAGACCUCCUCGAGGACGACACCCGAGCAUCCAAGUUACGCAUCUACGAGAACGUUUCGGCCCAACCUAACCCAAAAAAGCCCAUUUCCAAGUCCUCCAAAGGUAUCAUCAUCCAGAACUUGAAUGAAGAGUACAUCUCAAGUUGCAACGACGGCCUUAAGUUAUUGAGCAAAGGACUUAACAAGAGAAAAACUGCCAGCACCAAAUUGAAUGACGUCUCAUCCCGUUCACACACUAUUUUUACGAUAAAUCUAUAUCGCAAGAAGGCACAAGAGGGCACGAACGCAGGAUCUGGGGGCGACGAGCUCUUCAAAGUGUCCAAGAUGAACCUAGUCGAUUUGGCUGGCUCUGAAAAUAUCAACCGGUCUGGAGCAGUCAAUCAAAGGGCAAAGGAAGCGGGACUGAUCAAUCAGAGCUUGCUAACUUUGGGAAGGGUUAUUAAUUGCUUAAGCGAGACUUCCACAGCAACACCAGCGUCUCAUAUCCCAUAUCGUGAAUCGAAGCUCACGAGACUACUCCAAGACUCUAUUGGAGGCAGUACAAAGACCACUCUUAUUGCCAAUAUUUCUCCAGCCAAAAUCAAUAUAGACGAGACUAUCUCAACGUUGGAUUAUGCCAGUAAGGCCAAAAAUAUCAAGAAUGUUCCACAAGCUGGCCAUGAUUCUGAGCUUGUGAUGAAAAAGGUGUUGGUGAAGAAUUUGUCACAGGAAAUUGUCAAAUUAAAUAGCGAUUUACUCGCUACUAGAACCAAAAAUGGUAUUUGGAUGAAUGAAGAUAACUACAAUGAAAUGAACGAUGAAAACGAAUCUUUGAAAUCAAGUUUGAAAGAAUCGGAUUUGAGGAAUGAAGGUCUUACUAGUAAGGUAGGCCAGUUGGAAGACCAACUAUCAGAAAGAGAUUUACAAAUACUAGAGUUACAGGCUAAGGUGACUGAUCUAACCAAGGCUAACUCAGAAUUAAAGUUGGAUACAGAUACUGUUAAACAUGAGUUGGCCGAAAAGAACGAGCAAGUAAUCUCCUUAAAUGGCCAUAUAACGAGGAUCAAUGAGAGGUUUAACAAUACUUCUACUAAGCUUACUACCGUCAUCUAUGAGAACUUGAAAAAAUCGAUUGAAUCGAUCAAUACAAUAACGAACAACUAUGAUAAUGCUAAAAACUGUGAUGAAAUAUUGAAACUCGAUAAUGAGAUGGUUAGAAACAUCAAUAAAUUCAAACAGGAAGUUUUGGAGAGAAUCAGAGGUAUUAAUGAAAAUGUCAAUAGCUCCUUCGUUAAAGAUUUGCCUGAAUUUCUAGACCAGUAUAAUCAGAGUUUUAACCAUAUCAAUGAUAUAAUACUAUCCCUUAAUUCGAACUUGGUCACCAAUUUGUCAGAAUUGAAAUCAGCUAACCAUUCCAUGGCAGAAUACUUAACCAAUCAUCAUCUCGAAAAGAAUGCUGAUAAAUUAGUGACUGAUUUCAUCAACAAGAAACUAGCUGACGAUGUUGAGAAAUUGAAUCUGCAUGUAUCGGCCCAAGUGAAUGGACUAAUCAAGGAUUCUCAAGCGAAGUAUCAAUCACUUAUAAAAAGCUCCAUUAAUCAAAUGGCGACUGAUUUGAUCAACUCAGAAAAAAUACAAUUAAAUUCAUUUCAAAAGGACUGGUCCGAAAUUACUUCCAAAGCAUUACUCUCCAUCGAAGAAGAUUUAACAAGCUAUAAUAGCGAGGAUGUAAAGGCUAAUAACGAGCACUUUGACAAGCUUAAUCAAGAAGCAAAAACCACACUCACUACAUUGAAUGAAAAGAACUCGAAAUCUUUGGCUUCUUUCGUUUCCUUUAUCGAACGUGAAGAGAAAGGAGCACAUAGCAUUUUGAGGAAACACCUACCUGCUAAAUUGAGUCAAAUUAGCAAUAGCAUCGCAGAAAAUGAUUCCAACAUCAACGAGUCAUUAAGUGGAAUCAGCAGGAGCUUGAACGAAAUCAAGCAGUUUGAUACCAAGAAUGGGUUCAGAGUAUCUCCGGUGAAAUUGAUGAGGAGUAAAUCAUUUCAGGAGGCAUCAAAUUCGAGCAUUCCCUCCCCAAAUAAAGCCCAAAGAUUGCUGUCAUUAUCUCCCACCAAGCUCAAGGCCCCCAAUGGUGGUCAAGAGAGCUUCAAAAGCAAGAUACCGCAACUCACCAGAACUUUAGAGAACAAGGAGAACGAUGGGCAUCAGAGCAAAAGGAGACGGGUGGAGGAGUGAGUUGGUUUAUUUGGCUUCGAAAACUAUGUAUAAUACAGCAAAGCUGACCAUGUAUAAUUGUAUCACUAGUAAUAAUUAAUUU